CCCGGAAAUUACGACUACAAAAAAAAAAAAAAACUACUACUCUAAAAGAACACUUCUCCAGUCAACCGAUUCUCCCAAUUCACUAAUCUUCAAACCCUAGGUUUCCUCUGUAAUGGAGUCGCCGCCGCCGCCGCCGAUGAAAACCACGAAGCGCAGAGCAGCAGCAACAACGUCAAUUACUGGAUUAACCAUUGAUAAUUCAGUUCUUCCUAUAGAAUUAAUAGUUGAAAUACUCAUAAGAUUGCCUGUAAAAACAUUGCUGAAGAUGAGAUCUGUUUCAAAAUCCUGGAGUUCUCUCAUCUCAACUCCCGAAUUUGUCAAAGCACAUGUAAAAUUUUCAGCCAAUAAUCGAGAAUUUGCUCACCACAGGCUUCUUAGUAUCAGGUCAGGUACUCACACUCACGACGACGGACGUACUAGUAGAUGGAAAAAUUUCCGCACAUAUUCUCUUAAUGCAAUCCUGUAUGGAGAAUCUCCCUGUUUACCUGUUGAGCUUCAUAAUUUUGGUAUAAGUUAUUAUGUUUUGUGUUCAUGUGAUGGAUUGUUCGUUAUUUCAAAAACCUGGUAUAAUAAUGACAUUGAGGAUCUGUUUCUAUGGAAUCCGUCUAUUAGAAAGUUGAGUAAACUUCCUUAUUCAGGAAUUGAUGUGUUCAAUCGUAGAUUUGCUUAUGGAUUUGGUUAUAUUGAAUCUCAAAAUGAUUACCAUAUUGUUGAAAUUGUGGCAAGUAAACCUAGUUAUCUCAUUGCUGAUAUUAGUGUUUAUAGUUUAAGAAAUAAUUCGUGGAAAACCAUUCAUGAGUUCCCAAGUAUCUCUUUGCCUGAAAAUGUUAAAUUUAUUAAAGGAAAGUUCCAUUGGAUCACUGGUGGUGGUAGUGGUAGUAACGCGACAUGGUUCAACCCCGGAGAUGAGGGGUUUGGCAAUGUAGCAUUGCCGAACCCAAGUGGUGACACUUGUAACUGGAAAUUAGUGUCUUCAUCUGGUAAUCUAUGUAUGACUUGUGACUAUAGAAACAAGACAGAUGUGUGGAUAAUGAAGGAGUAUGGACUUGCAGAGUCGUGGACUAUUGUGGGUUCGAUCCCUAAAUUUGUAAAUAAGGUGGUUUGGCCGAUAUUCAUCUCUCAUAAUGAUGAAAUUCUAUUGCAAGACGUUUCAGGUUUAGUGUGGUGGUAUGUUUCACGAGAUGAUGACAGUGUUGAUCGUCCUGAGGAUCAAACACGUUGUGAAUGUGACCGUGGAAGCGAGCUUAAUCUAUAUGUAGAAAGUCUUGUUUCGCCAAAUUCUCCUUGAAAAGCGAAAAGCUAUGGAUUGAGGAGUCUAUUGAGGUAAGAAAUGGUACCCCAUCCAUUUCUCAGUAUGAUAUGUAAAUAGACAACUCUUGUAGAAUAAUUGUGAUUAUCUUUCUUCUUGUUGUUGUUUUCCAUGUUGGUGCUAUUUAAACUCUGAAAUAUAAACUCUGUUGUGUCCAGUUUUUCA